GCAGCUGUCGGAAAAAUGAGAAUUUCCAAUGCACUAAUACUUCGAUAUAAUCUCAUAUUUUAAUAAAUAAUAUUUUCGAUAGGUCUUAGAAAGCCGUUUUAUUGUUGCCCACGCUCAUUACGCGUCUGCGUCUGCACCUGGACUCUGGAGCCGUCCCGCCUCUCUCGCCCGAGACGAAUCGCAGAACGUAUUAGGUACCUACUCGGAAAACGGGAUGACAUUUUCAUGGAAAAAACGUUUCCUUGUUCUACGCAAUAUUCCAGUUUCUCCUCAUGAAAACGCCUAAAUAAUCGGAGCUCAAUAAUUCGGGAGUGAGGCCUGCGCGCGUAGGACGUUGGUACUUGGUGGGUUUGGGCGUACUCAAUCCGGAGUGGCGGUUACCUGAUAUUUUCUUGUCGGUCCCGUCAACAGCCUGCCCGCUCGGCCACAGCAACAGCGCAACCGCCAUUGAGCAAUAUUUAUUCGUUGUAUGAUCAUUCAGUAUUUCACAUUUUUCCCGGGUACUUCACAGUUGUCAGUUUCACUUCUCUGCCCGUCUCGAAGCCAGCAGGAUUUCAAAAUAUCGAACAACACCCAAUAAGAGAAAUAUUUCGUGCCCUUUUUCGAGUCCCGAACGAUUAUUCUGUCUAUUUAAAUUGUAUUCCAGCAUUAAGGUUUUAUUUACCUUAUAGACCGCUCGCCAGACGACGAUGGAGUUCAAUUUCAACAUCGGGGGUGUAGUCACCGAUGAGGUUUUGAAGAUAAACAACACACUAACGGUCCAGGGACACGAGGAAAACGAUGGUUUGAAAAACAUAAUGAGAUUGAUCAUUGACGAAAUGGGUAAAGCAUCAGCUGUAUCUCAAGAGUUGAAGGUGCCAAUCACCAGCGCCAACAGACUUGUCAAUUCUGAUCAUGUAAUUUAUAUGAUUACCGAACAUGACAAGCCAGGUCAUUUUGCUGUUGUUGGGUUUUUGAAGAUGGGAUGGAAAAAAUUGUUUCUCUAUGAUAAACAAGCUGCCCGGUCAGAAGCCAGGGUUUACUGUUUGUUGGAUUUUUACAUCCAUGAAUGCAGACAGCGUAAAGGUUAUGGAAUUCGUUUGAUUCAAUGCAUGCUACAGGAUACUGGUUUAGAAGCCAAACAUUUAGCUAUUGAUCAGCCAACUAAAAAACUACUGCAAUUUAUGUGGAAGCAUUUUCAACUAUCUAAAUUGGUAAACCAGGGAAACAACUUCGUUAUCUUUGAAGAAUUUUUUCACAAUUCAUCAAAAGUAGAAGAAAAAAAUAAUCACGACAAUACUGGAAAUCGAGCUGAAGCAUAUAAGAGUCAACCAAUGUUUGGACGCCAUGGAGCUCAUAAACAUCACGAUUCAAUGGCUGAAAUUGUACAAGGUGAAGGCAAUGCUGCAUUUGUUAAGUUCAAGUACAACCAUGACACCGAUUUUGUUGAUAACCAGUUCAAGGAAGUUAAUCCAAAUCCUGAUAGUAAAGGUGCGUUUAAGACUGACAACGAUGGAUACUCAGUUAAACGAGACCUGAAAUUCCAUCACAACUCUCUGUGGUAACAUAAAAUGACAACAUAUCCAUACAAUUAUACUUUCUCCUAAUGCGCUCAAAUCACAAUCAACUCCAUCUCCAUAUUUAAAAUUGUAUUAGUAUGAACUAAAACUAAAAUAUUUUUUUUGUUUAAAAUACAUAGUAUAAUUUUGCAAUUGUCUACAAAAUUAAGUUGUCCCACUUAUGAAGUGUUAUAUAUUUAUUCAUUUUUAACAGGGCUUAUUUUAUUUUUAUUUUUGUAUUGUGACAUUUAUUUUGUAAAAUGC